GAGAAAAGAAAGAACAAAAUUAAUCAUUCAUUUGACAGCAAUUAACACUAAUCACUACUACUAACCGAUCCCCUUCACUUUUAAUCAAAAAAAAGAAGAAAAGAAUGUCCCUUGAGCAGCAAGACUCAUCAAGCAGGGACUGGUUCUUCCCCUCUCCAUCUUUCAUCCAUCAUCCCUAUCCACCUCCCCCUUCCUCCAACCACCGUCGCCGCUUCUCCUCCGAUUCCAAACUCCGCCCCCCCUCCACUUCCCCCGACCUCAAAUAUCCCCGCCUCCGACGUCGUUUUGACUUCUCCCGCCGUCCCGACAAACAACAACCCAACGAUGUCGUUUCCGCAAGGAACUUUAACUCCUCCUCCUCCGCCGACAACACCUCCUCCGCCUCCAGUCACACCAUUUUCGGAUUCUCCGGUCAACGGAUUAGAGUCCGUUGGCAGAUUGCUUUAUCAGCAGCGGUUAUUGUCACUACUCUUGCUUCUUUAGUACAUAAGAACUUCUCUUUGCACAAUCAAGUCUUUGACUUACAGGACCAAAUUACAAACCUGAAUGUUAGAUUACAAGCUUGCGGUUUGUUAGUUAAUGAUAUAGAUAAUAUCGAUUCAAUUUCAUUUGAUUUUGGUGAUCAGUAUUACAGUAAUGGAUUAAAACAUUUGGCUCUUGUAUCUUCAAUUAUACUGUUAUCAAUACCUGUUUUGGGUCUCAAGUACAUUGAUCUUGUAUCGGCGAAAUCGAGAUCAUCCGAUAAUAUUUCCGAGAAAGUUUCGUUAGACAAACUGAUUGAAUACAGAGUGGAUGUGUUUUUAUCUGUCCAUCCGUAUGCAAAGCCACUAGCUUUGUUGGUUGCUACUUUGCUACUUAUAUGUCUUGGCGGGUUAGCGCUGUUUGGUGUGACUGAUGAUGGUUUAGCUGAUUCUCUUUGGUUAUCUUGGACCUACGUGGCGGAUUCCGGAAACCAUGCUAAUUCUGAAGGUAUUGGUCCGAGGCUGGUUUCUGUUUCUAUUAGCUUUGGUGGGAUGCUUAUUUUUGCUAUGAUGCUUGGCCUUGUGUCUGAUGCGAUAUCUGAGAAGUUUGAUUCCUUGAGGAAGGGAAAAAGUGAGGUAGUUGAGCAAAAGCAUACCCUGAUUCUUGGAUGGAGUGAUAAACUGGGUUCGCUGCUGAAUCAACUAGCUAUAGCCAAUGAGAGUUUGGGUGGAGGGAUUGUGGUAGUGAUGGCUGAACGAGAUAAAGAAGAGAUGGAAAUGGACAUUGGUAAAAUGGAGUUUGACUUUAAAGGAACUAAAGUCAUAUGCAGAAGUGGAAGUCCACUGAUUCUUGCUGACCUCAAAAAGGUAUCUGUCUCUAAGUCCCGUGCAGUUAUUGUCCUUGCUGAAGAUGGAAAUGCUGACCAGAGUGAUGCUCGUGCAUUGAGAACAGUUUUAAGUCUAACAGGAGUCAAAGAAGGGCUGAGAGGGCACAUUGUGGUUGAACUCAGUGACCUGGAUAAUGAGGUCCUUGUAAAACUUGUUGGCGGAGAUCUUGUUGAAACUGUUGUAGCUCACGAUGUCAUUGGCCGCUUAAUGAUUCAAUGUGCUCGGCAGCCAGGACUUGCACAGAUUUGGGAAGAUAUCCUUGGAUUUGAGAAUUGUGAGUUUUACAUCAAAAGAUGGACACAGUUGGAUGGGAUGCAGUUUGAGGAUGUGUUAAUCAGUUUCCCUGAUGCCAUACCUUGUGGGGUCAAGGUCGCAUCCUGUGGUGGUAGGAUUAUAUUGAACCCUGAUGACACGUAUGUUCUGCAAGAAGGUGAUGAAGUGCUGGUUAUAGCAGAAGAUGACGACACAUAUGCUCCUGCAACAUUACCAAUGGUUAAAGAAGCAUCACUCAUUCACAUAUCUCGACCAGCAAGAAAGCCACAGAAGAUUCUUCUUUGUGGAUGGAGGAGAGACAUAGAUGAUAUGAUUGUGGUAUUGGAUGCCUCUCUUGCUCAUGGUUCAGAGCUCUGGAUGUUCAAUGAUGUUCUUGAAAAUGAAAGGGAAAAAAAGCUUAUUGAUGGUGGACUGGAUAUUGGCAGGUUGGUGAAUAUAACAUUAGUAAAUAGAGAGGGAAAUGCUGUUAUACGGCGUCAUCUGGAGAGCCUUCCCUUGGAAUCUUUUGACUCGAUCUUAAUUUUGGCUGACGAAUCAGUGGAAGAUUCUGCUAUUCAAGCUGACUCCAGAUCUCUUGCUACAUUAUUAUUGAUUCGUGAUAUUCAGGCAAAGCGUCUUCCUUAUAGAGAAGCUAUGGUAACCCAAAUUGAGAGAGGAGGCUUCUCACAAGGCUCUUGGAUAGGAGAGAUGCAACAAGCUUCUGAUAAAUCUGUUAUAAUCAGUGAAAUUCUCGACCCUAGGACGAAAAAUUUACUAUCCAUGUCAAAAAUCAGCGAUUAUGUUUUAUCAAAUGAGCUUGUCAGCAUGGCAUUAGCCAUGGUUGCAGAGGAUCGUCAAAUAAAUGAUGUACUGGAAGAGCUCUUCGCGGAGGAGGGAAAUGAGAUGCAUAUAAGGCAAGCAUCUCUCUAUCUUCGUGAAGGUGACGAUUUAAGCUUCUAUGAAAUAAUGUUACGAGCCAGGCAGAGGAGAGAGAUUGUCAUCGGUUAUCGAUUAGCUAACGCUGAAAGAGCCGUCAUCAAUCCACCAGCCAAAAAUGAGAGAAGAAAGUGGUCAUUGAAAGAUGUUUUUGUGGUAAUUGCGGAGAAGGAAUGAACAUAUGUGAACAGAAAUUACAAAUUCUUGAAAGGGUGACAGAAUAUAUAAAUUCCUAAAGGUCAUCAGCCAUCAGAGUACAGGAUUCGGAAUACCAUACUCGGUCAUAUACAAGCACCUCAAAUGUACAUAUAGCUUGCUAUCGAUAGCAAGUUUACAGAUCCACACUUGAACCUUGUCAAUAGCAAUUCUAUAGAAUGUUUUUUUAAACAAUUUAACCAAUUUUAUACCCAUUUUGACAAUUAAUGGAUGAUUCGGAUUCUUUGAUCUAUGAAUGUAAGUUUAAUUACCGAAUUA